UUUUCGUCGUUUUAGUCAAUCUGGAAAUGCCGUGACGGAGAGACACGCGGAGAAUCUGCUCUGUGGCGAGUUAUGGAGGAAAACCCAAGAUGCUGGUGUUGUGGAUGCUGCUGCUCUUCCAUCUGGGAGCAGGAGUAAUCGUACAGAAGGUGAGGAUACCGACUCCGACCGUCGCGGGCCACAUCGCAAGGCUGGAGUGCGUCUGGUCCGCCGGGAGUGGGCCGCCCUUGUACUCACUCCGCUGGUGCAAAGACGGACAGCAGUUCUACGUGGUGACUGUGAGGCCGAGACCCCACCAGGCUGUGUUUCCGACGCCGGGGGUUCAUGUGCUCCUCAGCAUGUCGGACGAGACCGUGCUGAGUCUGGCCAACGUCACGGCGGCCACUUCGGGGACCUACACCUGCGAGGCCAUGAGUGACGCUCCCGACUUCCUGUCCAGCGCGAGGUCGGCUCAUCUCUCCGUCAUUGAGUUACCUGUGUCAGGACCAACGUGGACUGGCGUGCUGAGUGUGUACCACGUGCACCAACACCUGCGAGCUCGGUGUCACGUGACGGGCUCGAGACCUCCCGCCGCCUUCACGUUCCUGCUCAACGGAGAAACGUUUUUGCACGAGGAGCCCUGGGUCACGGAGGACACCCCUCGCUACGACCGGAGGGGGGAAACCUGGAACUCGUCCUCGUCGCUCUCCAUCCCACUCACGCCGAGAAACAUCCUCAAGUUCUUCCCUUACGACGACCGCCGUUCCUACUACAACGCAGACUCCGGGACAUACGACGGUGAUCCGACCUAUCAGUCCCCGAGGAUUUUCGUUGCGAACUCGAAUCAGGAAAUCCUCAUGAACGACAUCGGAAGUAGUUCUCCAGGGCAGAUGACGGAUGGGUCGUCCUAUUACAUGCCAGGUGGGUCGGAGUCGUCCGAAUACUCUCCUGCAAGCCAUGCUGUGUCGUUCCCGGGAUCAGCCCCACAAACACGCAGAUUGAACCUCACGUGUUUGGCCGAUGUCGGUGGUCUAGUAUACAAGACAACGGCUGUGUCGCUUGUGUCUUUCCCCACGGAAAUACACUACACUAGCAUCACCAAAGGAGCUGCCAGUUCAGGACCUGUGCAGAGUAUGCUGACAUGGACUCUGUUUGCAGCGCUUCAAUACCUUACACAUCCAUGAUUAAUUGAAC